GACAUCUGCUGCAGGUGUGGCACUUGUGGCUCAUAUUUGGCAUGGACUUGGGCCAUCGAGACCAUGGUCUCAGUUUGGGUUGGCAAGCGCGAAUCUUCAAACCGCGCGACUCAUAGCACUUUUACUCGCUCCUUAUAUCGUCUUUCUUGCUUUAACAAUCGCCGGCGCAGUGAUCGGUCAUAAGAACCCUCAACGAAUACAAUCAACGGAGAAACUGUUUUAUUGCACACUCGAUUUCCGGGUUUUUGAUAUAUUUGUCCCAGCGUUUACGGCUGUGGCCAUGGCUUUCAUUCUUCUCUUCGAAAUUCUUAUUUGUCUCAAGAUAUACCAGAAUGCGUAUAUCCGGGCCGGGCUAAAUCGAUCCGGCUUCAGGCUUUUUUCGUUGCGCCUAGCGGGCUUUACGAUUUACGCGAUCAUUGCAUUGAUCGUGUCUGCCUUGCUUCUUGCGAACAGUCGGAAUCUUGCUCCUUAUAUCCUGCAAGCAACACUUCCUCUCGCAGUAUUCUUCUUCAUCGGGACACAGAAGGAAGUUCUUGCGACGUGGAGUCACUGGUUGGGAUCAAUCACCGGAGGUGCGGUGAAGUUCUACGAUGGUCCAUUACAUCGCAGAUCCCGAUCAACGACUGCUUUGAUGCAAGAUGGACGACCUCCUACUCCUUCCUUUGCAACACCCGAGUUCGUGCAAUUAAAUGACGUCGUUUCGGACAAACCCCGAGUCGACCUUGGAGCGGAGAUCUUCAAAUCUAGUGUACCACUACAGAUGCCUAAGCGGCCUCCAACAAAGCCGCAGUAUACCAUGCCGUCCUUCUUCCCCGAUCCCGUUGCUCCAAAGGCGCCCCGUGCAGAGCCUCAACGAAAUCACUUUAAUUCACCGCAGCGUCCGCCUCAACAGUUACCGCAGGAACCACCACCUCAGCAACGUCACCAGCCAGUGAAUCCUGCACCAGUCCCUCGGCCUCUACCACCAGAGCCCGUUGUCCCGUAUGAUGUCCAAUUCCCUGUUGAACCACCUCGUCCACAGCAUAAUUUCGCCAACGCGCCUCCUGCUCCCCAGCAAUAUGGUCCGGGUAUACCAGGUUUUGAGACAGAUCCUGUUAGUAUUAUUGCAACUCAGAAACAAACGAUCUCGCGACUUUUGGAGGAGGCUGGAUACAUGAACAGAGCUCUCGACAGAUUAAAGAACGUCGAGCAGAAGUUCCACAAGGCUCAGAACGCGUUAACGACCGAGAGACGCGCGGCAUCCCAACUUCGCACCUAUGUCAAUCAACUUGAGUUCGAUUUGGCGACUCAACAGAAUUUGUUCAAUGAGCGUGUUGCUCAAAACAAGGAACUGGACACCCGUUGUAAACAACUCGAGGAGAGAGUCGACAAACUUGACAAAUUGAGCAAAAGCUUAGACAGUGCUCUGAACGACAGUGUGGACAAGGAAAUGCACUGGAUGAAGAAGUAUGAUUCGCUGAAAGUGGAACACGAGGCCCUCCUGGAAGACAGGGAGAGCCUUGCUAACGAUCUCCAAAUUUUCAUGGAUUACUUUGUUUCUCGCGACUCGCCUAUCGAAUGGGACGCUCCGAAGGGAAAUGGUGCCGGACCUCGUCAAUCGCCAGAGUCUGCUUUCCCUGAGGAAGUACGACAAAAGAUUAAACAGCGAGCAAGCACUCCUAUAACUCGACCCUACUCUCGAUCAACAAUGCGUCAGACAAGACGUCAGACCGAUGCUGCUCAGGGUUCCAAUACAAGACCAAAUUUACCAACUCGACCGUCUGCCGAUGCGACAGGUCGUGUGAAUCCACCAGGCUUUAACGUUGAGAGUCUGGAUAGACUGCGGCCGAAGAUGCUUGAACUUAGCGGAAAGAUGGAGCUCAGCGAGAAGGUGUCUGCGCUCGAGGAGCUUGUGCGGGAGCAGCAGUCAGUCAUUGAACAAUUAGAAGGGGUAGCCGAUGGAGAGCGAAGAGAGAGGAUUAGACAACGCAUCGAGGGUAGUAUGGGCAGCUGGUCGAUUCCUAACUCAAUAUCCUCUUCCAUGGUUGCAAACUCAUCAUCCCUUAUAAUGGAUCGGGAUGCAGCAAUCAGAGAAUCCGGAAACGAUAAUAGGUUGAAAUAA